AUGGCACUCCGUCGUCCGCCCACAGCCGUCUCCCUCCAGCCUUCAGACGUAGCCGACCUCCGCGCCUUCAUCAGCCAGCGGGACGCGUCCACCACCAAGGGGAAGGGUGGGGACGAGGUCGUCGAGCGGGAAAAGCGGGAACGGGAGGAGAGGGAGAAGAAGGGUACCAAGGCGCGCGUUGUUGGCGGCGGUUCUUUGGUUUUGACGGAGCUGCCAGUCCACCUCCUCGAGCAAUCAUGGCUCCUCUUGCACGAGGCUGCCUAUCUGAGCGCGGCAGACACUAUCAAGUGUGAGAGUCGACCUACGAGCGACCGUCCUACCUGCCCAAGACCAGUGGGGACCCUCCCCGUACCGCCUCCCCUCCCCUCGCCUCGCUCAUACGCGCCAGACUCGCUCGCCAGGAUCAGCAUUCGUACGAGCGGUCGAACGGAGGACGGGAGAGGCUCGCAGAAAGCAGCAGGAGCAGGCAUGCAACCAUCUAUGGGCACAGCGCUCAGAGGUACGCCGACUACAGCACUAGCCCGCAAGCCGCCGGCUACGCCUCUCGACGUCUCGACGAGCAGAAGCCAGCUAGCACGACUCGGAUCCUCGCAACAACGGUCUCGUCUUGCCUCCCUCCCUCUCAAGCUGUAG